CAGGCAGCGUCGGGCUUCUCUGCGCCCCCCGGAAGGAGACGAGGGGAGGAGCGGUGCUUGGUGCCCGUUGUGCCGAGGCAGCGGCCGGGGGAGCCGGCGGCGUCGCUGCGUGAGGAGGGGAGCCCGCCAUGCCUCAGCCCCCGCCGCCCUGAGCGCGCCUCCUUCGCCUCCUCUUCCCCAGCCUGCGCUCGAGGCCACGUGAUUGCAUAACAUGCAAGCCACUGAUCCCAGAGGGAGGACUCCUGCCUUCCUUCAGCCUCAGAAUGGAAGCAGCCAUAAAUCUUCUGGCUAUUUCCCUGGAAGAAUUGUCCCGUUUCGUCUUCCUCCUCCUCCUCCUCCUCCUCCAAAGAACCAAGCUUCAGCCAAAUUUACCUCUGGAAGACAGGAAGCUCGUGCAACAGUAGCCUCCUCAGCAGAUGGGCAGCACAGUCAAGUGGAAGCAAGCAGAAAGAAAAGACACAAAAACACGCUCAUCUGCUUUGCUAUGUCUAGCUUUUCAUUUUUUAUUGCACUUGGCAUUAUUUUGGGGAUAGCAUCAAAAUAUGCUCCUGAUGAAAAUUGUCCCGAUCAGAAUCCUCGCCUUAAGAACUGGAAUCCUGGACAUGAUCGAGAAAAUAAAGUUGUACUCAAACAGGGAGAUUUGUUUCGCCUCAGUGUGGAUGCUACAGUGCAUUCUGUAGUGAUACAGGAUGGAGGAUUGCUUGUCUUUGGUGAUGAUGAAAAAGGAUCCAGAAAUAUUACGCUACGAACACAGUUUAUCCUGAUAAAGGAUGGUGGAGCGCUUCAUAUUGGAGCAGAGAAAUGUCGUUAUAAAUCCAAAGCAACUAUCACCUUAUAUGGCAAAAUGGAUGAAGGUGAUUAUGUGCCAACAUUUGGCAAAAAGUUUGUGGGUGUUGGUCCUGGUGGAACACUGGAAUUGCAUGGAACUCAGAAGUUAUCAUGGACUUCUUUGUCAAAGACUCUGCAUUCUUCAGGAUUGGCCUCUGGCUCAUAUACUUUUGAAAAGGAUUUUUCCCGAGGCCUCAAUGUGAGAGUUAUUGAUCAAGACACUGCACAAGUUUUGGCAACGGACAGAUUUGAUACUUAUGAAUCUCAGAAUGAUAGCAGGAGACUUCAGGAUUUUCUAAAAGGCCAAGAUUUUGGUCGCAUUGUUGCUAUUGCUGUGGGAGAUUCAGCUGCUAAAAACCUACUAGAUGAAACCAGAACAACCAUACAGAAUCUUCUGGGAAGUAAGCUUGUCAAAGGAUUGAGUUACAGGCAGGCCUGGGCUUUAGUUGGUGUAAUUGGUGAUGGAGAUUCAUCGUGUAAUGAGUCUGUGAGAAACUCUGAAAACCACAGCACGGGAGGGAAAGCUAUUGCACAAAGAGAAUUUUUUACAGUGGACGGUCAGAAGUUUGUUGUGAGAGCUUUCAGUGAAUGGAAUGAUGGUGUUCCAAAGUCGGGUUUCCAGGUGGAAGCAGUGCAUGGAGUGAUACUGGAUCUGUCAGAAGAUGUUAGUACCUGGAAGCCUGAAGACCAGAUUGUUGUUGCAAGCACUGAUUAUUCUAUGUACCAGGCAGAAGAAUUCACCCUGCUUCCUUGUUCUGAAUGCAAUAGAUAUCAAAUCAAAGUUAAAGAAAUCCCUCAGUUUCUUCAUAUAGGAGAAAUUGUUGAUGGAGUGGACAUGAGGGCUGAGGUCGGAGUUCUCACACGGAACAUUUUAAUAAAGGGAGAGAUGGAAGAUUCCUGUUACACUGGCAAAGAGUGCCAGUUCUUCCAUUUUGAUACUUUCGGUGGACAUAUCCAGAUUCUAAAGAAUUUCACCUCUGUUCACCUCUCUUAUGUGGAACUCAGACAAAUGGGUCAGCAGGUCCAUGGAGCUUACCCUGUUCACUUCCACCGCUGUGAAGAUGUGGACGAGAAAGGAGGGUACAAGUACAGGACUUAUGUAGAAGGCCUCUCAAUUCAUCACUGCUUCUCUAGAUGUGUGACUGUUCAUGCAACAAAUGGCUUGCUGAUAAAAGACACCAUUGGAUAUGACACACUAGGUCAUUGUUUUUUCCUGGAGGAUGGCAUUGAGCAGAGGAAUACACUGUAUCAUAACCUAGGGCUAGUCACCAAACCAGGCACACUCCUUCCUACUGACAGGAACAGUACAAUGUGCCUGGCCAUGAAGGAUCAUAUCUAUGGAAACUAUGAGCCAGUUCCAACCACAGACUGCAUGGCUGUUUCCACAUUUUGGAUUGCUCAUCCCAACAAUCACCUUAUAAAUAAUGUAGCUGCCGGCUCACAGGAUGCUGGCAUAUGGUACAUAUUCCACAAAGUGCCUACAGGGGAGUCUCAUGGGUUGUUUCCUGAAACCAAAGCUGAACUGACACCACUAGGAAUUUUCUAUAACAACAAGGUGCACUCUAACUUUAAGGCUGGAUUGUUUAUUGAUAAAGGUGUGAAAACUACCAAUGCAAGUGCUGAUGAUAAAAGGGAGUAUCUGUGUUUGGACAAUAACGCAAGGUUUCGACCACAUCAAGAUGCAGAUCCGGCAAAACCCCGAGUUGCUGCUCUCAUAGACAGGCUGAUAGCUUAUAAAAAUAAUGACCAUGGAGCUUGGGUCAGAGGAGGGGAAAUCAUUAUUCAGAACUCUGGCUUUGCUGACAAUGGAAUAGGCUUAACCUUUGCCAGUGAUGGAAGCUUCCCAAGUGAUGAAGGCUCCAGCCAGGAUGUAUCAGACUCUCUGUUUGUUGGUGAAAGCAAUAAUUAUGGCAAUUCAGGUGGCCAAAAUAAAUACUGGGGCACUGGAGGAAUAAACAAUAAAAAUCGUACUUUGCCUAGAAACCGGACAUAUCCCAUCAGAGGCUUUCAGAUUUACGAUGGACCUAUACGUCUCUCCAAGUGCACAUUCAACAAUUUUGUGCCAACUCCAGAUAGAUUCACUAGUGCAAUUGCAUUCCUAAUGAAAAACACCUGGCAAAUUACCCCCCAAAACAAUAUUUCUCUUGUGAAGUUUGGUGAACAGGUUUCUCUGAAAGUCUUUUUCGGUAAACCUGGGCCUUGGUUUGAAGAGGCUGAUCUGGAUGGCGACAAGAACUCAAUAUUUCAUGAUGUUGAUGGAUCUGUGACUGGCUACAAGGACACCUAUGUUGGCAGAAUGGAUAACUACCUGAUUCGACAUCCUGACUGUGUUAAUCUCACCAAGUGGAAUGGUGUGCUCUGCAGCGGGACCUUUGCUCAGGUGUACAUUCAGACACGGAAUCCACAGAAUCUUACCAUGACUAUGGUGCGAGAUGAAUACCCUUCCAGUCCUAUGAUGCUGAGAGGGAUUAAUAACCAGAAAGCUGACUACCAGCAAUACCAGCCUGUGGUGAUGCUUCAAAAGGGCUACACAAUACAUUGGAAUGGACAAGCCCCACAAACAACAUUUCUGUACCUCAUAAACUUCAACAAGAAUGACUGGAUUCGAGUGGGUCUCUGUUACCCAUCAGACACUACUUUUCAAGUAACUUCUGAUGCAUUCCGAAGGCAUGCACCUCCUAAUAGUGUGGAAGAUUAUGUGUCUGUAUCUUCGAUGGCGGAAUUACAGAAUAGUCGAAUGGAGAGAAAGUAUUAUUUUGAUAACAGCACUGGGUUGCUGUUUUUGUUUGUUCAAGCCAAAUACCACAGGGAUGGCCACAGUUACUGUUCCUUUCGGGGAUGUGAAAGAGUCAAGAUUCAGGCCAGCUUUCGGCCAAAGUCUGUCAGUAACUGCUUGACAAAAGCUUACCCAAAGUACUUCCAGAAGCCAACUGUGGUGAAAAGAAUGCCCACAAAGGCUACGGGCUCCUGUCAGAAAUGUGGCUCCACUCAGAUGGCAUUUACCAGCGAUCCUCAUAAAACCUACCUACUUGUGAAAAUUCAGUCUCCGGACACAGUUGAAUUGCAAAGGAACGAAAAAUCUUAUGUCUCAGUCAGUGGCAUUCAGUUUCCCUUGAGUGCUGAGGGUCUUCUUACCGUGGUCAUUGAUGCCUGCACUGGCAAAGUAACAAAAGAGAGAUUUUUCUCUGAAGCAAACGUAAGGAAUCUAGAAGAAUAUGUCAAAACUGGAAUUCCUCAAAGGUCUAUAGUUGUAUUAAGCACCAGAGGGAAUAUAAAAAACCUUAACAUUUCUCAAGCUUUAAUGACCCUGGGAGCAGCAAAACCAGCAAAUCUUCACAACAAGGGGAGCAUAGGCUUCGUUGGGUUCAGAGGGAACUUCAAACCAUCUUGGAUCAAGCUAUUCACCAGUCCUGCAAGGCAGGGCCUGGGCCAAAUAGAAAAGUAUAUCCCUCUGCAGCUGGAAGAGUACAGUUGUGCCAGAGCAAAUACUAGCCGACGGAAGGAUUUGGAACUUUUAAAGCAGGCUACAAGAACACAAUAGAACUUAAGCUGAACUGUGUGGUCUGCGUACAGUGAACAAAAGAGCCUAGGAGCUGAUGGAACAGGCUGAGAUUUUCUGUUUUUUAUUAUUAUUUAAACAUUUACAUCCCACUUUUCAACAUGUAGGUCUAAUAGUGGUUUACAACAAUAAAACAUACAACACUUAAAACAUAAAUUAAACCUUCAGAAUUUAAAGAUCCCAAACACACAAAAAUGUAAAACAUAUGAAAAGCACUCAGGGUGCCAAGGCCUCCUGAAAUAAACAGUUCUGACCUGGCAUUUGUAGGGACAGUCCCUGUUUAACUUAUUGUGGGGUAGAGUUGGGUCUACAACACUGAACCCACAACUCCUCAUUGGCCCACAGAGGCCCAUAGAGAAGCAGAGAUUUCCCUGUUUCCACAACAUUCUCUAUUCACAUGCUAUGUGUGAGCGAGAGCCUUCUGAUGAGAUGGGCAGAAAGCUAUCCAUUACAAUGCAUGAAUUUACUCCAAGGUUGACUAGUUAGCCAGACCUUGGAUAGCUUCAUCCGGUUAUAGUUCAUGUCUACUAAACAAAUAUUAAUGAAUACAUUUGCUUUCCCCUUCACUAGAUGAAGGAGCAUUAAGAAAAUUCAAGUGAAAAUAUUUAGUAGCCUCUUCAAAAGUCGCCAUGUGGUGACUCACAUGGCUCCCACUCACAUGGUUGGGUUAGAAGAAGUAAAGAAGUGAAGGCAGGUCUGAAGAGGAAACAGAUGACAGCACAAGAGGCCUUCUGUGUGGAGGGGGGGGGGGAGAAGACCCAGGUAACUACUGUCUGGUGAGCUUGUAGCAGGAAAUAUCCUAGAACGGAUAGUUCAAGCUGGUCUGUGAGCAUUUAGAAAAGGAUGCUGUGAUUUCUAAGACCCAGCAUGGGCUUUUCGGAAAUAAGUCAUGGCAGAUGAAUCUCCUUUUCUUUUUCCUUUUUUGAUGGAGUUACAAGCUUGAUGGAUCAAGGGAAUGCUGUGGACAUAGUGUAUCUUGAUUUCAGUACGGCUUUUGACAAAAGUCCCCCAUGAUAUUCUUGGGAGGAAGCUGGUAAGAUAUGGGUUGAGUAAGGGAAGUAUUAGGUGGAUUUGUAGCUAGCUGACUUGACAAAAUCCAAAGAGUACAUAUUACUGGUUCCUCUUCAUCCUGGUCAAAAGUGACAAGUGGGGUGCCACAGGGUUCUUUCCUGGGCCCAUUGUUCAACAUCUCUAAAAAUGACUUUGACGAAGGAAUUGAGAGGAUGCUCAUCAAAGACUGUGGGAAUAGGGACUAUUGCAUCCAAAACACCCCCACCUAACAAAGCUCAGUUCCUGAUCCUUUCUAAGGUUUGUAUGAAUCUGCAUGGGAUGGCAUCAUGAGUAGUAGCAGAACUUCGAUUUUUUUUGCUAAGAAAGGGAAAUGAGUGAGCAAAAAACUCAAAUUCAAGAAACAGAAGAACAAGUAUAUAAGAAAAGUCCUACUGGACUCAAUUAGUUCAGCACCUGUUUUCCACAAUGGCUAGCCAGAUGCUUCCAAGAAGCCCCCGGAAGGCACCAACUCUUAGCCUACUCUCAAUCAUUAAUCUUUGGUAUGUACUAUCUCUGAAUCUGGAAUCUUUGCUUAGCUGUCACAGCUAAUAGCUUUUAACAGACUCAUCGUACAUUAAUUCCUCUUUUCAAACAUUGUGAGUUUGGUUGCAGCCAGUGCUUUUCUUCCUGGGGGUACGCAGGGGUAUGCACACCCCUAAACAUUUUGUGAAUCUAAGUUUGGCCUCAUUGAGUGGCAGUAUUUCAAUAUGAGUAGGAAAAUAAGAGUACCCCUAAACAGUUUUUUAAAGAAAACACUGGUUGCACCAACUGCAAUAGGACCUUCAUUAUACAGUACUACAUACAGCACAAUGAGAGAUCAAAAGUUCAGUUAAACAUCAGCUCAGGUUAAUUAUCGGUGGGUGCACCAUGCUGAAAUAUUUUCUUCUUCCAUAACUGGCAAGGGGUGUUUUUUUUUAAAUCUUCAAUCAUGUUUGCUCCCUUCACUUCCAGAAGGAUGAAAUUAUGGACAAAAGCAUCUAGAGCAGAGUUUCAGCACAGAAAGCUAAUGACACAAUGCUAACAAAGUCUGGUCUAUCUAACUGACCAGUGUGCCUCUUUCUGCUUGUGCUCCUCUUGGUUUAGGAUAUCCUUGAGCUUUCCCCUGCUGAUAAACUUUGGCUUCCUCUCAGGAAGUUCCAUAACUUGCUCCAGUUACUAUAUUUUCCUUACUUCCUCUUUAUCCGCCCAGAGUGG